AUGAUGCCAUUGUGCAAAGCCUUUCCUGUUUGCUAACAAUCAGAAUAAACACAUUUUCAAGACUCCUGCUGGUUUUAUAUAGGCUGCUUCAAUGGAGCAAAUACAAGGAGCUUGGAAAGCUCUUAGUGAUGGAAUUGGCUUAAAGGAUGCUGUCUUCAAUGGAUCCAACUGUAUUUCGCCUACCAUUGUCCAGGAGUUUGGUUAUCAACGCAGAGCAUCUGAUGAUGGGAAACUUUCAGAUUCCUCCAAGACAAGCAAUACCAUUCGUGUUUUCUUGCCUAACAAGCAACGCACAGUGGUUAAUGUGCGUAAUGGGAUGACCUUACAUGAUUGUCUCAUGAAAGCUCUCAAAGUUAGAGGUCUGCAGCCAGAGUGUUGUGCUGUUUUUAGACUGCUUAAUGAACACAAAGGUAAAAAAUUGCGAUUGGAUUGGGGUACAGAUGCUGCAUCCUUGAUUGGAGAAGAGCUGCAAGUGGACUUCCUUGAUCACGUUCCACUCACAACACACAACUUCGCACGGAAGACGUUUCUGAAGCUCGCGUUUUGUGAUAUCUGCCAGAAGUUCUUACUGAAUGGGUUCCGGUGUCAGACAUGUGGCUAUAAAUUCCACGAACACUGCAGCACUAAAGUUCCAACUAUGUGUGUGGACUGGAGUAAUAUCCGACAACUCCUAUUAUUUCCACACUCAAAUGCUGGUGAUAGUGGUGUUCCUACGCUACCUCCCUUAACAACACGCCGAAUGCGGGAGUCCGUGUCCCGGAUACCUGUAAACUCUCAACACAGAUAUUCUACACCUCAUGCCUUCAUAUUCAACACAUCAAAUCCUUCUCCUGAAGGUUCCCUCUCUCAAAGACAGAGAUCUACAUCAACCCCCAAUGUCCAUAUGGUCAGCACUACCAUGCCUGUAGACAAUAGGAUAAUUGAGAAUAACAGCCUGAAUGCUUCUCCCAGGUCCUGGUGCAGACGAUUCUGUUUAAGGGGAAGAGAUGCUAUUCGUAGUCACAGCGAAUCAGCAUCACCCUCUGCUAUGUCUGGAAGUCCCAACAAUACAAGUCCCACAGGAUGGUCUCAGCCUAAAGUGCCAGUUCCAGUCCCAAGAGAGAGAGCUGCAGGAUCUAACACACAAGAAAAAAAAAUUAGACCUCGUGGACAGAGAGAUUCAAGCUAUUAUUGGGAAAUAGAAGCAAGUGAAGUUAUGCUCUCGACCAGAGUAGGGUCGGGCUCCUUUGGGACUGUUUACAAGGGCAAAUGGCACGGUGACGUAGCAGUGAAGAUAUUAAAGGUUGUAGAUCCAACUCCAGAACAGUUUCAAGCCUUUAGAAAUGAAGUUGCUGUACUAAGGAAAACCCGGCAUGUUAAUAUUUUGCUAUUCAUGGGCUACAUGACAAAAGACAACCUGGCUAUUGUCACACAGUGGUGUGAGGGGAGUAGUCUGUACAAGCACCUGCAUGUCCAGGAGACAAAGUUUCAGAUGUUACAGCGUAUAGAUAUUGCAAGACAGACUGCGCAAGGAAUGGACUACUUGCAUGCAAAGAAUAUAAUACACAGAGACAUGAAAUCAAAUAAUAUAUUUCUUCAUGAAGAUCGUACAGUAAAGAUAGGAGACUUUGGGCUAGCAACAGUUAAAUCCAGAUGGAGUGGUUCUCAGCAGGUGGAACAGCCUACUGGAUCUGUUCUCUGGAUGGCGCCAGAAGUGAUCCGAAUGCAGGAUAGUAAUCCAUUUACUUUCCAGUCUGAUGUCUAUUCUUAUGGAAUAGUACUAUAUGAAUUGAUGACGGGAGAAUUGCCGUAUUCCCAUAUUAACAACAGAGACCAGAUCAUUUUUAUGGUUGGUCGAGGUUAUACAUCUCCAGACCUCAGUAAACUAUACAAAAAUUGCCCAAAAUCAAUGAAGAGACUUGUAGCAGAUUGCUUAAAGAAAGUAAGGGAAGAAAGACCUCUUUUUCCACAGAUACUGUCUUCCAUUGAAUUGCUGCAGCAUUCUUUACCCAAAAUAAACCGAAGUGCUUCAGAACCUUCUCUGCAUCGUGCAACCCACACACAGGACAUAAAUUCAUGCACAUUGACAUCUACGAAGCUACCUGUAUUUUAGGAGAUCAGAGCGCACUGCCUCAAUUGCUCUCCCCAGUAACUGUUAUAGCAGUU